AUGCUUUUUGAUAUUUUAUUUUUUACAAUUUCUUUAUUAAUAGUAGGAGUUUCCUAUUAUAUAUUUUUCCAUAAAUAAAAUACAACUAAAUGUUAAGAACCAGUAUAAUAAAAAUUAUAAAAUAUAUUAAUUAAUAAAUAAAUAAAGGAGCAAUAAACAAAUUAAUAAUAAAAUGCAUAAAGAAGAGCUUAAAGAGUAAAUUUAUAAUAAAAUUAAGAUUCAGAGGAGAAUGAAGAUUCAGAAGAAGGAAAUGAAAAUGAUGAUGAAGAAGAGGAAAAAGCAGAUUUUUCUGAUACGAGAAAAGCUAAAAAAUAAGCAAAAAAAUAAGAACGAUAAUAAUAAAGAGAGCAAAUAUAAUAAUAUUAUGAACAUAGAGAAAGAUAAUCAUAAUAAAAACGUUCGAAAUAUGAAGAAAAGGAAAGGCAAAGAGAAUUAGAGGAAUUUAAAAGGGAAGAAGAAUAAAAAAAACAAGAAUAAUUAUAAAAAUUAAAAGAAUAGGAAGAAUUUGAAAAAUGGCAAUAAUUUAUGUAAGUAGAGGAAAGCGGUAAUGAUAAAAUGGAUUAAUAAACUGAAGAAUAAUUUUAUAGAUAAUUGAAUUAGAAAAUAUGUUAAUAUAUAAAAUUAAGAAAAGUAGUAGUUUUAGAAGAAAUCGCUGGAGAAUUUAAAAUGAGUACUACAGAUAUUAUUAAUAGAAUUAAAAGUUUGGAAAUAAAUAAAGAUAUUAAUGGAGUUAUAGAUGAAAGGGGAAAAUAUAUAUACAUUACUGAUAAAGAAUUUGAAAGUGUUAAAAAUUAUGUAGAGCACAAAGGAAGAGUUUUUAGAUCAGAAUUGCUUUAAGAAUGUAAUAAAUUAAUUAAAUUAGAUCCUUGCAAACAAGAUAAUGAUAUUAUUUAAUAAGAAGAAAAAUAACUUUUGUAGGAAGUAAAUUAAGAAUUAUAAUAAUUAUAAAAUCAAUAAAAAUAAUGA